AUGGUGCAGAUGGCCAUUUAUGCCUCCGAAAUGCUUUCUGUGGAGGGGAUGAUCAGAGAUCAUGGACUGGGCAUGCUGACCCAAGACGAUUGGACGUGGAUAUGGUAUUUCGACAGCGCGGGGGCGAUCCAAGCGCAGGGCUUCAACAUACUCGCACACACCGCAGACUUCGUGCUCGUCUUGAUGUUGCUCCAGCGCUUCAAGCUCCCGCAGUGGGGGUUCCCGCCGGGGACGAACUCUGAGGCGAGACUCAACGUGGUCCGGGGUCUGGCUUUACCGCGAGAUGUACCGCGAGAUGAGAUCCCGGCGGGACCGGCUGGUAGCACAAGAACGAUGCCCGCUCAACCGGCGGCCAUGACUUUCGAAGUCGUUGGAACGAGCAGGAAUGGCGUGCCCAAGACCAUGGUGGUGGAUCCACAGUGUGUCCUCCACAAGCCCUCGCCUAUACUGAAAGGGCGUCGAACAACGGUGCUUGAGGCGCAGGACCCAGACAUGCCUACAAUGUCUUAUGUCGCGAAAUGGUCAUAUCCCCAGACGACACGCCACAAUGAGGCCGAGACGGUAUGGAUAGCUCGCGAAAUCGUCGAGGAGAUGGGCAAAGAGGUGCUGGGAACGUUGACAGACGUGGCUGCAUUCAAAGACUUCGCGCAUCUGUCUACAGACGACGUCCGAGGCCAUCUCCGUCUGUUCAGUGACUCCACACGGUCGCUCAUCGACGCUGAGCACCAUGGGGAGCGCAUCCUGCGGUGCAUCUUCGAGGAGAAGCUCAAGCCAUUGACGUAUCUGGCUGGCCUCGAGUUCGUGCGGGGCAUGAUCGAUUGCAUAUACUGUCACAUGCUCCUGUGGAUUGGUAACGACAGGUACCGAAUCGAACACACCGACAUCAGCUUUUGGAACUUGGGCGUUGACCUAUAUUCGCUGUGCAUCAGAGUGCGCGAUUUCGACCUUGCUCGCGUGGUGGUAGUUGGCCAGCCAAGCAUACCUCAAGGCUCGGAGAGGACGGGCACCAUUCCCUUCAUGGCUCUUGACCUCUUGACGGACGCCUAUUGGAAGGGUCAUAUCGAGCGACUCUAUCGUCACGAUCUAGAGGCAUUCGUGUGGGUCGCGCUGUACUACGCUUGGGCCUUCGACGACGAGGGACUUGAAGACAUGGACUCCCCAGUUCGGGACUGGCUGACGGCCGACUACGUUGAAUGCUACGACAAGAAGUCCAAUUUCCUUAUGUCCCGGACGGGACAGCUCCCAGAUUGGAGAACUAGGACGAGCGCAGACACCCCGCUGGGAUACGCCCUGUCCUUUGCCAGGCUGAUUUCUCAGUGGCUAUUGGGAGAGCACACACAGCGCCGGAGGGCUGCAGACCCACAGGUCGACGCUCUCGACCCAUUCGCCAGGAAGAACCACCCUUCCCGAAGCCAUGACGAUGAACUUGAGCAGGCAAGGCGUGAUUUCGAUAACUUCUGGGUCGAUAUCGGGGCCAUUCGCAUCGCAGUCAAGGGCGUGGAGGCGACGCCUGAGCGGGUCGAAUAUUUCAAGUUGCGAGAGAAGAAGGUCGAGGAGUUGAUGGUUCAGCGCAAGACGGAGGAGGACAGAUUGAACAGAGAAGCGGAGGCGGAGGAAAGGGAACGGAAGAAGGUUAAGAAGGAGGCGGAGCAAGAGGCACGCGAUGAGCGCGACCGGCUUCUGAAGCUGCAGCGCAAGGUAAAUUCUGCAUUGUAA